AUGUGUAUCACGGGGUGGGAAAAAUGGUGGCAAGUACCCGUGUACAGAAGCUCCUCCGACGAUACAAACUUGCAAUCGCUGCCGCUCUGACAAUUCUUUUGAUCCAAGGGUUGGUAGUAUGGAGUCUAAGGAGUCUCGAGGAAGGAGAGGCAGAGCAGAAGCAUCGGCGCUCUAAGCUGCCCGACCACAACAACCAGGACCUGAAGCAAGACCCUGAGGUGUGGGAGAGACAGAAUGCCUUGUCUGGUGGCUACCACGGCCAGUUGAGGCGGGGCUUGGAGCGUGCUGCUGUCACUCGGGCCCUCAAGAGGUCGGGCCGGCGCCGAGCCAAGCCCCCCUUGAUUGACAAGAGUCUGGCAGGACAGGGCAUAGCAGCAGAUGGCGCUGCCCCCUACGACCCUUCUAGCAGCCGUAACUUCACCGAAGUGCGGCAGGGGGACGGGUCCAAGGUCCCAUUGGGUGCACCAGGAGAGCCAGGGAGUGUGGAGGGGGCUCCACAGGCCCCCAGCAAUGACUUUGUGCCCAAAUGUGAGAUCUCGGGGAAGGACGCCCUGUCUGCUCUGCACCGUGCCAGCUCGAGGCAGUGCCGUCAGGAGAUUGCCAACAUUGUGUGCCAGCACCAAGCUGGAGAGCUGAUGCCCCAGGCUCUGCCCCAAUUCUGCCCACAGCAUGUCCUGUCCAGCGCAGCCCAGCAAGCUGACAUCACAGACAAAGAUCUGUCUAAGGUGGAGAACCCAGUGAGGGUGGCCUUCGUGCUGAUGGUCCAUGGCCGGGCCAUCCGGCAGCUCAAGCGGCUCCUCAAGGCCAUCUAUCACAAAGAGCAUUUCUACUACAUCCACGUGGAUAAGCGCUCCGGCUACCUUCAUCGCCAAGUCCUGCAAAUAGCUGAGUUGUAUCCCAACGUGAGGGCCACACCCUGGCGCAUGGUCACUAUCUGGGGCGGGGCCAGCUUGCUAAAGGCCUACCUACGCAGCAUGCAGGACCUGCUCUCAAUGAUCGACUGGAAGUGGGACUUUUUCAUCAACCUCAGUGCCACCGACUUCCCUACCAGGACCAACGAUGAACUGGUGGCUUUUCUCUCGCAGAACCGUGACAAGAACUUCCUGAAAUCUCAUGGCCGAGAGAAUGCCAGGUUUAUUAAGAAGCAGGGCCUGGACCGGCUCUUUCAUGAGUGUGAUAACCACAUGUGGCGUCUAGGGGAGCGGGCCAUCCCCGAUGGCCUGGAGGUGUCGGGCGGCUCGGACUGGUUUGCUCUGACUCGCCGCUUUGUGGAGUACGUGGUGGGCUCCCAGGACAAGCUGGUGAUGGGGCUGAAGCAGUUCUAUGCCUAUGCACUGCUCCCUGCCGAGUCUUUCUUUCACACAGUACUGGGCAACAGCCACAUGUGCAACACACUAGUGGACAACAAUCUGCGUGUAACCAACUGGAACCGGAAGCUGGGCUGUAAGUGCCAGUACAAGCACAUCGUGGACUGGUGCGGCUGCUCACCCAAUGACUUCAAACCCUCCGACCUCAUCCGAAUUCAGCAGCUGACUCGUCCCACCUUCUUCGCCCGCAAGUUCGAGUCAACUGUGAACCAAGAGGCCAUUGACAUCCUGGACACCCACCUGUAUGGGCAGCACCCCCCAGGCACGGUGGCCCUCAAGGCCUACUGGGAGAGCCUGUUUGAGCGGGAGGACAGAGUGAGCAUGCUCAGUGACGUGGCCCUCACUGCUUACUCCUCCUUCUUCAGGCUGGGUCUGCAUGCUCAACGCACAGCCCACGCCAACAGCAACACCUGCAGGUUUGAACCCGUUGGCUACCCUGUGUCUGUGCAUCUCUAUUUCUAUGACGACCGUUUCCAGGGUUACCUGGUAAGGCAGGAGGUUCAGAGCGUGACGUCUAGGGGAAGAGAAAUGCUGGAGGUGUGGGCUGUUCCUCAGGCCACACUACAGCUAGAAGGAAACCUACGUGAGUUCGAGAGGCUGAAGAACCUGGAGGUUGGAACUGACUGGGAUCCCAAGGAGAGAAUCUUCCGGAAUUUUGGCAGUGUGAUGGGUCCUCUAGAUGAGCCUGUGGCGGUGCAGAAGUGGGCUCGUGGCCCCAACCUCACAUGCACCAUAGUGUGGAUUGACCCUGCACAGGUGGUGGCAGCCUCGUAUGACAUCAGCGUGGACGUCGAGGCAGAGUUCACCCAGUACAAGCCACCACUGCAGCGCCCUCUCAGGCCUGGAGUAUGGACAGUCCGUGUGCUGAGGCUGUGGGAGCGGGUGGCAGAAGCUCGCUUUCUGGUUAUGCCUCUGGCCUUUAAAGGACGGGAGCCUCUUCGCAAAGAGGACCACGGCUGGCUGCAUGCAGGUCCUCCUGGAAACCUGUACUUGGAGCAAAGCUUCCAGCAGCUGGCACAAGUGCUAAAGUUGCCCUCCAUGGAGCACCCCCUGGAGGAAGCCCAGAAGAAGGCCUCUCUGGUGGGCAAGGAUCUGGAGGCCUGGGUGGACAGCUUGGUGGGGGCCUUCUGGGUGACUGGAGAUGUAUGUUCCACCCAGACUUCCCAAUGCCCCACGGUAGCCCAGUGUGCCAAGGCCACCUGGAGCUCAUUGUCACCAGACCCCAAAUCAGAACUGGGACCAGUCAAAAGCAACGGCCGCAUCAGGUAGCCCCGAUAGUUGGGACAACUGACAGGGAGGACAUGAUACCGAAAUGCAGGAUAGAGUGACACUAAAAAUGGUCCCUGUGUGUGAUGUUUACGGGAUAGUCUCUCCGAUUGUCCCACUGCUAGAGGUACCACAGGGGUGUGAUUGAGACACCUUCUGUUGAGAGUAUAUGAUGUGUGUCAGGAAGAAUCUGCAAGAGGAGUUACUGACAUUUGCACAUGAGGACAGUCUUGAUUAUUUUUUUAAUGUCCAUUAAUGUGUCAUUGCUCAGAUGUCAUGCAAACAUUACAAGGUUUUGUGGUCUGUCUACAUACAGUCAUUUUUGACUGGAUUGAUUAUUCAUAAUGAUGGGACGAUGACCCUUCAUGUCAGUACUUUUUAAUGUUUUAUUUGCAAGAUCAACAAGAACAACAGUGCACAUUUUCUUUUUCUGUGAAUAAGCUUAGCCAAAUUCUUAUUUGAAGCUCUACUACCUGUUGAAGGCGAGUGGUUGGAGUUCUCGGGCCUGUAUACCUUAUGCUUAUUUUGAAGCAUUACUAUCAGUACUUCAGAAGCAGAUCAAUGAAGUGCACUUUACUGUAAGUCAAAGGUCUUCUCUGUACUAAUACUGAGAUGCAGAAAGGUGGAGCUUUUGAAGCCACUGGAGGUCAGUUUAUCACUGGCUCCUUUCAAUCAUAUUUCAAAUGCUGCUUACCCAGUCACAGUGUCACCAUCAUGUGGACUCAUUAUGUGCAAUGUACAAACUAAAUGAAAUGGACAAAUGGCUCUAAUAACAUCUGUCCAUCAGGAGAGAGGAUUUGAAGAUUGUGAGGGUUAGGACUUUGUGACUUUUGUAAUGCUGUGAUUGCCUUUCAUGCUCAUUUUGAAUGGCUUCAGUGAAAACUUUGCCAUAUAGAUGUUUACCACUUCAUUGACCAUUACUGCAAAUGCGAGCAGGGAAAUCCUACAGUAUGGACUGCACAAUUUGAAAAUGCUUUGUCUGACCCUUGUGAGGAUCAAUGGAAACGGUCUUCUUACUGUCUUAUGGCUGUAUGCCUGCCACAAUAGAAGAAUUUCUUACUAAUUCCUGAUCUUUGGUCAUUGGUCAUUCAUUGCUCACUCGUAGUUCUUUAGGCUCAAGCUGUUGGGGGCCAUCAUGAGUGUGAUUUAGGAGGCACCCAAGCCCCUUGGUACUCACUGAGUUUACUGAAUUGCAAUAGAAAGUCCCUUAGGAAUAUUGUUUAUUCUUGUUGUAAAUGCUAACAGUUGUCCUCUGAAUCUAGUCUUAAUUACAUUCAUAUAAUUUUCCAUUUCAGUGUAGUACUGCAAAGAAAUGCAGGAUAAAUGUGGUUAGCUAAACAUAUCACCACUGAAAUAUGUUGUCAUCUAUUUGUCACUUUCUGUGGUAUGUUAUCUGUAUCGUGAGUAGUGUUGGUUUGUUUUUUUUGUUUUUGUUUUUUGUUUAUCAGUCUUUCCUUCUGGCUUUGAGGAUAUUUAACUGAGAUAUGGUGGAAAAAAACAUCGGGCAAUGUAUAUGGGCUGUCUUUGCACAGCCAAUUAGUUACUCCUCUUCCAUUGUAGCUUGGUAGUGUUUUCUAAAGUCAUGUUUCAGAAUUGCAGUGACCAUGAAAAUCAUCAUUUAAAUGUGUAACUUUUUUUUGCAGCUGUGUCCCAGUGAAUUUAAGUGACCUUUUUGUAUUCUCUCUCCUGCUUCAGAGAAGCCCAUGGUUUUUGAAAAAGACAUGUAUAGUGGUGCAUUGUGAGAAUGAAUGAAUGAAUGAUUUUUCUAUUUAUAGUCCUCUUUAGCGAGGAAAGUCAUGUUUUCACACAUGUGGAGAACGCUGCUUUAGUCCGUAGUCUGUCACCACUCCUGCGCUGUCUUUCUUUCUUGCUCUCCUGUGAAAUGGUACCUGGAGCAGAGGUUCUGCUCCUAGAGUCUUGGGACAUGGUAAUCAACAGAUGGCUUUACUUGUUGAGAAGGGUGGUGUGAAAAAGAAAUGGUAAAAGGGAAGAGCAGAAAUAUGUCUGCUAAAGGCACAAUAAAUAUCAAAAAUAAUGGUACAGUGUGAUCAUUUACCACAGUCACUUAAUAAAUUUGCUCCUAUAUGUUUCUUAAAAUUUA